AUGGCUGCAGACAUCCAGAAUGCUGUGAAAGGAAGCAGCAGCAGCAGCAGCAGCUGUCAUCUGUCUACGGCAGCUUUAACCAACCGACUGUCCGACAUGGCAAAGAAGACGUCCUCCAGAAAGUCUUUGAAGACUCUGUUCUCAAGGACCGAGGCGGAUCAGGACGAGUCUGCGCAAAAGGAACAGGACAGGAAGAAGUUCAAGUUUCCAAAAUUUAGGAUGAAGUCGAAGAACGAGGCUCAGAGGCAGCAGGAGAUUCGAACUGCAGAGUCCAGGACUCCUGCAGAGGACAGAGAGGCUGACAGAAUCGUCUCUGUGAAGAAGUCUUCAUCUGUCUUUGCCAAGGAGUCCAGAGCAAAGGCCAAAGAGUUUAGCUACUCCGAGUUGGACCUCAGAAAACCCAAACGCUUUGCUACAUUCUCCUUUGACCUGAGGAAGAGGAAGAAGAGGGUUGAGGAGAACAUUUCAAAGAGCACCUUUGGUCUUCACAGCUCCGGCAUCAACAUGCAGGAGGAGACUCCGGCCUCCUGUUUGGAUCUGGACCAGGCCAACUCGAAGAUGCAGUUCAGUGUGUCCCAACCCGAGCUUGAUACCAGCGGGACAUUCAACAUCCCAUCUCCUCCUCCUCUGUCUUCAAAUCGAUCUGAGGCAUACUUCUCCUUCCCUGUUGGGUCAUUCCUCACUCCCAAAACCCAGCUAGAAUCCGAUCUGCUUCUCUCCAACAGCUGUGCUGAGGGAACGCCAAGAGCUCCAAUUGCCUCUAUCCAGGAGCUUCAUCUGGAAGAUUCAGCUUCCUCAGUGGAGGAAUCUGCUCCAGCUCAAACACAAACCUCCUCAGCUGUUCCCAGCUUCCAGUCCAAACAGGCAGAAACAGCUGUGGACCCAGACUUCCUACAGAGCUACACCACAUCUGCUGCGUCAGGCAGCUCUGCUUCAUCUUAUCAUCAGACAGACAACACCUCAGGAAAAACUGAGCUGAUCCUGCAGAACAGCGGCGCUAACAGGAAUGUUUCUGAUGCUGCUGCUCCUCUGAGUCAGGAAUCUGCUCCCAAAAAGAUAGAGAAUCAGGAAGGUUUUACUCUCACUGUGACCUCUGAACCCCAAACUGUGGUUCUGACCUCAACUGUCAGCGAGGAGCAGAGGACCAAGCCCUCCAGACAGGACUCAACUGCGCCUCUGAGUGAAAGUUUAGCUGUAGGAGAAGCUGAACAUCAGGAAGCUUUAACUGUCACUGAGUCCCUGAUUCCUGAACCUGACCCAGGGACCUCCUCUGUCAGCAGCAAACAGAUCUCAGCUGAGAGGUCUGACCCUGAAUCGGACUCCAUGAUCUCACCUAUCAGCGCUGAACCGACCCAUCUUCCCAUCAGUCAGGAUUUGGUGUAUGAAGCUUUUUAUGAUUCCCUCUUUCCUCUGAAUUUUACCUCUGAGGUCAUUGCUUCACUGUUGCAACAUCCAUCCCAGAUCCCAGCGAGACUUCCUGCCUUCCAGACAGAAUCCACUGAGGUCCAGCGCCCCCCUGAGAGCCCCAUAGAAACUGACAAAACCCGCUCCCUGCAGUCACAUGAUCCCGCCGCAGGUUUUUUCAGUUCUGGUGAAAUAAAUCCAACCUGUGCUCCCUCUGCACAGACCUCUAGCUCGUCUCGGAUCCAGGUUCCAUACUCGGAGCUGACUGCUUCCCAUUCACACAGCAGAGGCCUUGUUCCUGACUCGGCUGCUUCUCCUGUUUCUGGAACGUCUCCAGGGACAGACUCUCGGGUUUCCUGCGCUAAACGCCGAGUGAUCCUGGUCAGACAGUCGCUCACACCCGUCUCCUCACCUCCGGAUCACAGAAUGAACACCCAGGAGGUCGAAACCCAAAUGGAGAAUUUCUUUGUGCCUACUGGACCGACAGACGGAUCGGACAGAGCUCUGAGUCCUGCCUACCUGAGUGUGGGAUCAGACGAAGGCAGCACCAUGGAAGUUUAUUUCAGCGCUCAGGAGGACAACACUGAGAGCGGAGAGGAGGAGAUGUUCACGGUGGAUGAAAGAGAAAAAACGUUUGUGCCUGAAGAAGGGAGAGAGAUGCAGCUGCAGGGGGAGGACACCCAGCAGGUCGGGGGAGGCCUGACAGGUGGGACACUGAGGGGGGAGGCUCAGACAAGGAUCGAGGAAAUAACUAAAGGUCACAGGUUGGAGGAUCAGCUGCUGUUCCAGGGAAACUCUGAGUGCAUCCUUGGACCAAAUCCAAGGAUUGAGGAGAAAGGAGAAACUAACUCUGCACAGGUGAGAGGGAAAGCAGAGGAGGAGAGGAGGGAGGAGCUGCUGGCCCCACCAGUUCAGCAGGUAAACAAGCUGAUGGAAUGUGAUUCCACCCCGCCCUCCUCUGAUCCAUCAGGGGAAGGAAACCAGGCCGAAGACGUAGAAACUGAUGAUCUCUCUGACGAGGAGCAGAAAGCCCUGAGCCUGCAGGGAAAGUUUCUAAUUUCUGAAGUCAGGAGACCCGAGGAAACAGGAGAGGAGCUCUGUGUCCAGGCAAGAGAGGGAGAGGAGCGCACCUUCAGCUCAAACACGUGUUCUGCAGCAGGACAGAUACCUGACGCUGCUGGUGCCACCCGCAGUCCUGAGUGGGCGGACACCAUGACUAAAAGCGCUGAUGGAAUCGCUGCGACACAACAACAGGUGUCAGACAAGCUGCCAGCUCCAGACACGCGCACACUGCCUCCUGACCUGCAUCCAGCCAAGCCCACCAGUCAUCUGGACCACGGCUUCCAGUAUUCAGGAGCAGAGCCAGAACCAGAACCUGACGACAGGAUGAGUUCAAGCUUCAGCAGCCUGAGCACCAAACUGACCCUAAAGAACUCAUCUCCUCCCAAAGAGGAGGAACCCAAACCCUGUUUCCACAAAGUGUCUCUGGUUGGUACUGAAACCAGCAGCAUAUCCGAGCAAACGGAUCCUGAACCAGAAUAUAGGUUUAAGAACUGUUUUCAUGGUGUAACUCAGUAUAAGUCCAGCAGGUCCUUCCUCCUGGACUCCUCCGACACCUCCUCUGCUCUGCCUGAGGAUGCACCUUACACACACAUUAGCUCCUCCUCAUCUGCUCCCAGCAGCCUGACUGACAGCUCUGUGUAUCUAAGCCCUGUUGAAGUGGGGGAGUGGAGGCGGAGCCUGCUGGAGGAGGAGGAGCAGCCAGCUGCUCCUGCUAGUGAGGGGGAGGAACGGCUGAAAGGAGAGACAGAGUGGAGAAAAUCUAAGUGGGAGCUGGAGCAGCUCACUGUGUCCUCCUGCAGCACCGACGACGACUCCUGCUUCACCGGAGUUUUCAGGGCCACCCUGGUGGAUCUUGUCUCUGAUCCUGCACCUUCCCUCUCUCCCCCAUCCUCCCCGGGCAUGGACUCCGCCUUCAAUGAAAUGGACAUCCUGGUGGACACCCUGAAGAGCAUGGAGCCCUCUCAGAGGCCCAGGAGCACAAGCUUACGAGCAGCUCCUCCUGUCUUGGUCUCCCCCCUGCCCCCCAUCAAGGAGGACAUGUUGAGCCCCAUCAUCUCUGACCCGACCCCCUCCCUCAUCCGCCCCCCACUGAAGACAGAGGAGCCCCAGAACCAACCCUACACCCUACUGGCUGGCCUGGGCCUGAAGAAGAACACCUCCAGAGACAACUGCUCCCUGCUGGAGCUGAUGAAGAAAAGUCAGGAACAUAUCUCGAACCUGCCUAACGGAAAUGGAGCUCCUCAGUCUCCCACCACCAGCUCCCGCCUCAACGGCAGCAUCCUCUUCGGAAAUUACCGCUCCUUAUCUGUGGAACAGAAGCUGGAAAAUGGGAACACCGAGCCGCUCUGUUCCCACACCAGAUCUCUGCCAGAGACUGGAUCGUCAGGUAUGACGGUAAGGGAGUCUGGUAAAGUGGGGCCCCUUGGGAACACAACCGGGUCCCGUGUGGAGCAUCUCUCCUUCGUCGUGAACUCCUCUUCAUUGGGCUCCAUGAAUGGAAGCGGGGACUCCAGCUUUUUUAGGACCAGCUGUCCUGCCUCCCUGAGCCUCGGCUCCCCCACCACCAACAUCCCCACCAGCCUGCUCAGCCCCACCGGCUCCAUCAACCUGCAUAGGCCCCUCACCAACCCGGAGCCUCACCUGUUCAGCCAGGGGCCAGGGGUCCUGCAGAGGAGCCUCAGCUGUGAGGGGUUGUCGCAGACACCCCAGUUCAGUAGCCUGCAGGGAAGCCCCCAGUUCAGUAGCCUGCAGGGAAGCCCCCGGUUCAGUAGCCUGCAGGGAAGCCCCCGGUUCAGUAGCCUGCAGGGAAGCCCCCAGUUCAGUAGCCUGCAGGGAGGGCCCCAGUUCAGUAGCCUGCAGGGAGGGCCCCAGUUCAGUAGCCUGCAGGGUGGGCCCCAGUUCAGUAGCCUGCAGGGUGGGCCCCAGUUCUGUAGCCUGCAGGGAAGCCCCCAGUUCAGUAGCCUGCAGGGGGGGCCCCAGUUCAGUAGCCUGCAGGGAGGGCCCCAGUUCAGCAGUUUGCCCACAGCUUCUCAGUUCCAGAGCCAGCAAGAUGAACCAGACUUUAGCCUGAUGUCGAAGUACCGAGCCUUCCCAGAUGCCUAUUUGACUAAAGAGAAGGAUCAUGGGAAGCUCAACCCUCGUCCAGGAAAGAUGUAUAUCUUUGAUCGGCCGGGAAUGUGCGGUCAGAGGAUGGAGAUCCACGGUGACAUCAUUGAUGCCACAACCUGGGAGCUGCAGGAGACCAUCUCCAUUAGGGUGGUCAGAGGAGGGUGGGUUCUUUAUGAGAAGCCUAACUUUAAAGGGGAGAAAAUCGCCCUAGAUGAGGGAGACGUGGAGCUCACCUGUCCCUUCAGACCACCCGAGGAGCAGCUGCAAAACGGACAAAAGGAGGAUCAUCAGAAGGAGAAGGAGCAGAACGGUGAAAUGACAGAGGAGCAGACUCGGAAGUUCAUCAUCGGAUCAGUGCGCAGAGCAGUCAGAGACUACAGUGUUCCAGAAAUCUGUCUCUUCCCAGAAGAGAAGGCAGAGGGGAAGAAGGUCAUUUUCAGGGACACCUCAGAGGACGCCAGGAUCUUUGGGUUUCCCAUCAAAGCCAAUUCCAUUAUCGUGAAUGCUGGGCUAUGGCUCGUGUUUGCUCAGCCCUUCUUCCAGGGUGUCCCACGUAUCCUGGAGGUGGGGGGCUACUCCAAUCCCACGGAGUGGGGGGUGGAAAACCCCCACGUGGCGUCUGUGCAUCCGCUCAAAAUGGGAGAACCUCGGGUGGAGAACAUGAGGGAACCGAAGAUGGUGAUCUAUGAGAAGCCAUACUUCACUGGGAAAUCUAGGACCAUCACCUCCAACAUGAGGGACUUCCUCAGCCGGACCGACCGCCAGCAAACUGUCUUCUUGGGCAGUCUUGGCUCGCUAAAGGUCCUGGGAGGAAUCUGGGUGGGAUAUGAGAAGGAGGGCUUCCGUGGACAUCAGUACCUACUGGAGGAGGGGGAGUACCAUGACUGGAGGGUGUGGGGGGGCUGCGACUUGGAGCUGCGCUCUGUCCGGAUCAUCUGUGCGGACCUGACAGACCCAAUGAUGACGAUGUUCGAGCAGCCUGAGGAAGAGGAUGGUGUAACGGAGGAGAAACCAUUCGAUGUGACUGAGGCCAUCCCUGACGUGGAGCUGUUUCAGCAUAAGACCUCCACUCGCUCCAUCUACGUCCUCAGUGGACUCUGGAUCGCCUACUCUCAUGUGGACUUCUCAGGGAACCAGUACAUCCUGGAGAAAGGCUUCUACAAUAACUGUGCUGACUGGGGCUCUCUGGACACCCGGGUCUGCUCGGUCCAGCCCAUCUUACCGGCCCCAGCAGAUGCCUCCAGCACCAAAGACAAGAUCAUCCUGUACUCUGAACCAGACUUCCAGGGUGAAUGUCUCGUCUUUCACCACAGCCAGGGGACACUGUCAGAUAAAUUUAUGGUCAUGUCGUGUCAAGUGGUGAGAGGAAGUUGGGUCCUCUGUGAGAACAAACAGUUCUCUGGGAAUAUGUAUGUUUUAACUGAGGAAGACUAUCCCAGUUUAACCAGUAUGGGCUGCCCCUCCAGCUGCUCGGUCCUCUCCAUCAAGCUGGUGCCGAUGACGCUGUCGGUUCCGUCCAUCUCUUUGUUUGGGCUCGAGGGUCUAGAGGGCAGAGAGAUCACCACCGAGUCAGAGGUCAUCAGUUUGGUCCGGGAUGGCUUCAACAACCACAUCCUGUCUGUCCGGGUCAACAGUGGCAGCUGGGUGGUAUGUGAACAUAGCAACUACAGGGGGCGCCAGUUCCUCCUGGAGCCAAUAGAAAUCACCAACUGGCCCAAGUUCAGCUCCCUGCAAAGGAUUGGCUCCAUGUACCCCAUCAGACAGAAGCGGUACGUUUUCCGUGUGAAGAACAAUGAGAGCGGCCACUUCCUGUCAGUGCAGGGAGUGGGGGAAAGGUUCAGUCGGGUGGUGGUGAAAGCGAAGGUGGAGCCGCAGAGCGACAUCUGGUUCUACCAGGAUGGACUGAUUAAAAACAAGCUGUCUACCAAUAUGUGUCUGCAUGUCAUGGGUAGUGUGGAGCCAGCAGCUAAGGUGGUUCUGUGGAACGAGUCCCACCAGUCGAUCCAAACCUGGUCGGUGAAGAUGAAAGGCCUCAUCAGCAGCCUGACGUUUCCUGGAAUGGUGCUGGAUGUUAAAGGUGGCCAAAACUACGAUAAGGAACAUUUGGUGGUGAUGCCGGAGAACGAUGAGAGUCCAAGUCAGCAGUGGGAGAUCCAGCUGCUGUAGCCCUCAGUGGGAAUGUAAACCUCCUGGUGCUGGAUUCUUGAUCUGCAUGUUCUCCUGAACACACAGAGACCUUUAACAAGAAGACAGUGGAACUGCAUCUGAACACACUGAGACAGUUUAACCAACAUGUAGAUAGUGGAGCUGUGUGACACAGCAGGAUGUCCUGGAGAUAUGCUCCUUUUAUUAAAUAUUGGUGUCAGAUUGGAACCAGGUUGUCCUGGCUGCGUCCUCCCUGCAGGACACAUUAGUCGAGUGUUUGGAGGAUCUGCCGACCUGCAGGUGCUGUUCUGCAGUUCUGGAAACCAACUUCUGCUUCUCCAUGAAGCUCCUGUAAAUAUUCUGCCUGUGUCAAACAGUUUAUUCUGCCACUGGAUGAGGCAGACAGCAUGUGUACAUGUGUGUGUGGAUGCUGCUGUGUAUCCUGUGGGAACGUAACUGCACUCGGGUUCUUCUUGUUGGACCCCUUUUUAUGGCUUCUUAGUGUUACAUGAACCUGCUUCAGCUCUAUGUUAAUAUUUGAGAUGAAAUAUAUUCUGUUAGAUGAUGUUGAAUGCAAGGGAAGGGUUUUAAAAUGUUCAAUAAAAAAUAAAGGGAAUGUUUUGUUUUGUUAGCUGGAUCUGAAAAAGAGAUCAUCUCUUUGUAAAGUUCAUAAUUACAUUUAAAAUCUUAUAUAAAGCCUUUUAUCAUCAGA